UUGAUUUUUGAGUUUUCUAUAGACAAGCAUAUUAUCUUUUGUUCUCUGCAAGUAUCUUAACACCUUCUUACCAGCUAUCCAAUGUUCAUGCCCAGGAUUAGACUGAUCUCUAGACAAUAUUCCCACAACAAAAGCUAUAUCAGGCCUUGUACACACUUGGCAGAUCAAUGAUCAUUACGGCUUUAUUUGUUGCUAUCAAGUCCUAAUUAAGCGAAAUUUGGAUCGUUCGUGAUUCGGUUAAAUUAAUACAACGAUUUUGUAGGGAGAGUACGUGCACAGCCUCAUAUCAGAUGUUGUAGGCGACGGGAUCUUCUCUGUGGAUGGGGGAAAAUGGCGGCAUCAGAGGAAGACAUCAAGCUCUCACUUCUCAACAAAAAUACUUAGAGAGUUUAGCAGUGAAAUCUUCAAGACCAAUGCAGUAAAGCUUGCUGGCAUAAUUCAUGUAGCUGCAACCCGUGACGAUUCAAUAGAGAUGCAAGAUUUGUUUAUGAAAUCAACCUUGGAUUCAAUCGUCAAGAUUCUACUUGGUUUCGAUCUAGGCACCAUGUCUGGAACAAACAAUGAAGAAAGUAUCCGGUUUUCCAAUGCUUUUGACGCUGGAAACGCAGCUUCCCUUUUUCCUGUUGGUGAUAUCGUGUGGAAGAUCAAACGGUUCUUGAACAUUGGUACAGAAGCAAUGCUAAGAGAACAUAUGAAAGUGGUGGAUCAAUUUAUAUACAAAUUAAUCAACAAAAAGAUUGAAAGACUCCAUAAUCCAGAAGAUGAUGAUGAGCUACUUCUAAAGAAAAAAGACUUCGUCUCCAGGCUUUUAGAAACUUGUGAGACUGAUCCAAAGUACUUGAGAGACAUGGUCCUCACUUUUAUUGCUGCCGGUAAAGACACAACUGCUUCUACUCUUUCAUGGUUUCUUUAUAUGAUGUGCAAACAUCUUGAUAUACAAGAAAAGAUUGCACAGGAAGUUAGAGAAGCAACAGGCCUAAAUAAUAGUUCAAGCGUUGAUGAAGUUGCAACCAACCUUACUGAAGAAGCACUUAACAAAAUGCAAUAUCUCCAUGCAGCUUUGAAUGAGACGCUCAGACUCUAUCCCACAGUUCCAAUGGAAAAUUAACAUAUUAUAUAAAUGCCAUACAUGAUUAUUUAAAUCGCUCUUUACAGUACUUCUUAGUUACUAAGUUUAAUGUUGUCAUUUGG